AUGGAUAAUGACCUUCUCUGCAACUUCAGGAAAUGUAGAAAAAGGCUCAACACGUAUGCUUGGGUAAGAAUCCAACUUAAAUAGCCCAGACCACUUUUUUUAUAUCGGGAAAUCUCAAGUCGUUUUAGUCUUUGCUGUUUUGUUUUUAAUGUUUAUAAUAAUAUCUUGAAUAAAAUAGUAGGUUUUCGCAAGUUUUCAUUUUACAUAAAAAAGUUUCAAAUUAGUGGGCCUCUAUCAAAAAGAGCAUUUUUAAGACAGUGACUUGUUUAUGGGUACCAAGUUUUAGAAAAUGUGUUGGGAAUUAAUUCAGAUAUGGCUUUGAAGAGUGACAAACAUUUAGAGACGUUUGUGAAAUUUCCCUUCUUUGAGAAGCUAAUUGGGGUUUAAAUUGCUAAUUGAUUGGAAAAAUGUCAAUUAUCCCAAGAGUUUGUGCUGAUGUUACAGUCCUUUCAUGUCCAAAAAGUAUUACUGGAAUAAAAACUGAUAAUAUUAGCCUGUUUCCUUAAUUCAGUUCGUAACACAGAAUGACUGCCAUUUAUCAAGACUCUGGAAUUAACUGUAGUAAUUGUCAAAAAGCUUUGUAUUUUCCAACUUUUAACAGUUUGAAACUUUGUCUUCAUUCUUUAGGUUACCUCAUGCUCUCGUAUCCUUUUUUAAUUUUAGAAAACCUCUCAAAUAGAAUUCCUUUCAUCAUUAAUUCUGUGUUCAGAGUUAGUUGACCAUGCUAAAAAAAUGAAUGAAUGUUUAUGCUGUCACCCCUUUUGUUUUAUAUCCAUAUUUAUAUACUGCUGAAAAAGUUGUAUUCAUGUCUGUUGAUUUCCAGCUUAAUGAGGCAUGCAUACCACAAGCUAGACGGGACCCCUAGCAGGCAGUGUGCAAAGAAAGUUGUGUCUGAUAGCCCGGAGCUAGUGGAUUUUGCUAUUGGGCUAGUGAUUUUUGUUCUUAACUUGCCUGAUGGGCAAGUGCUGUUUUUUGGGGAAAUUCAAAUUACAGAAGGAUUGUAAUCAAUCCUGCAAAUCAAAAAGGGUUUGGGGCUAGUUGACUUGUGGGCUAGUACAUGCUAGCUACAGCUUGCCCAAAUGGCGGGUUGUAAAACGGACUUUCUUUGCACCCUGGCAGGUUAUAAACAAGCCCACAGCAUAGGCAAAUAAUAUAAGCUAAUCAAGCUGGUUUUGCGGGGGGUCUUCCACAUGAAAGAGAUAUGGUUGCUCGUCUGAAAAUUAGAAUUAAAGCCAAAAAGAAAACCAUUCUGGGUGUGGCAUGUACAGGCUUUACAGGUAUUUGACCUCUCGAAGAAACUGUACUAAAACAGACAACGAAAUAAGAGCUACAGUCAAUGUGUUAACAAUUUUGACAUCAAAUGGCCUGUCUGCAACACAGUAUGACAAUGCUUGCUUUGUUUUGUAUAGAUAUUUCUUUGGUGAUACCUGUAUGGGUGAUAGUAUUGCUUUUCUGUCGGGAGCACUUAAACACCAAAGUUUGCUACCUGCAAUUUAAAUACCAGGUCCAGAAAAUGCUGAGCAAAAGGGACAAAAGGGCACAGUUGUAAAUAAACCACUCAAACAUGUAUAUAUUUGUGGUAAAAUUAUAAAGCUAUGAUAUGAGGUCAAUAAACAUUUUAAGAAAAAGCAAGCAGAGUGGCUGAGUGGUUAGAGCACUGCAGUUGCAAUCUGGAGGCCAUGAGUUCAACUCCUGCUCUAAUAUUGAUUGCUGGAUUUGUCCUCGGUAGACCCUUGUUCUUCUUCUUGACCAUGCUUGUAAACAGCCAACUGUUUUGCCUCCGGCCAGUUGGGAUUCUUAUCAGUGUUAUGUUUAUUUCAAAUAGUUGUUUCAGUCCCGAGUGGGUUUUCAAUAGUUUUGCAACCCAUAUUAUGUCAUUUAAAAUAAGGAAAAUACUGACCUAAAAAAGAAUAGCAGGACCGGGCUAACUGCAGAUUGAUGGAACUAAGUCUACUGGCCAAUUUCAACAUAAAAGUCAAGACUGUUUAAUUUUUGAGAAAAUAUGGGACAAAAUAAAAGCAAUGAAUCCUUAUUUAAGAAAAGAAUUUUUAAAUCUGUUUAGCCCAUACAAGAGAAAUUAUCUUGAACUGGGUAGAAAAGAGUUAACCAGUUUACAGUUUAAUGAAAAUUAAAGUUGCAAGUAAAACUAGGAAUCAGGAGUUAGGCUAAGGGUUUGAAAUUAAUAGAAUAUGCUGUUCAAUAUCCUUGACAACAUGAAAAGAUAUUUUUUGUGAUGAGGAUGGAACAAGAGAGUUUAACAAGAAGCUUGUGUGUCCUGCAUGUAAGUCUUGUUUAGUAAAAUGAUAAGUACACCAUUGUAUUGUCCCUGAAUUAAUUAAAACUGCCUUUUCAUAUUUUUUUCAUUGACAGGUGAGACUAACCUGUCUGCCAAAUUUGAUGUCAUUCGGGUUGAUCUGCAAGCUUCAGAGCAAUUUAAAUCAGUAAGUCUGUGAUUUCUUGACUAGUAUGACCUUCUGUGUUGAUUGUAGAGACUUUUUUCUACAAGGCAUGAAAAGUUUAUAAACGUUUAACCGACGCCCGGUUAGCCCAACUGUAUAAGCAGGAGGCCCUUGAAUCAAAUCCCGGCAGGACCAACACUUGUGGUUUGUAAAAUAACUGAGGAGAAAGUGCUGCCUUUGUAAAGACAUCUGCAAAUGGUUAGACCUUCUACUCUUCUUGGAUAUAGUCCCGUGAGCAGAGGCUACAUUUUCGAGGUAUGAGUUGGGGUGCGCUACUUUUCGCAUACUAUUUCACACAGCAAAAAUGUAGCCUCUGCUCGCAGGGUAUCCUAAGGAUAAGGACUGUAAACCGCAGGCCCGGUGUUACUUACACAUAUAUGUUAUGUGGGAUGUUAAAUAACACACAAUGUUCGUAAAGAGUAGGGGAGGGACUCUACCCUGCCAAGAAUGGGUAAAAAGCUGAGUAAAUAAACAAAUAAUUGUUAAAAAUAAUUCUAAUGCUUCUGCAAUCCUUAACAAGUACAUCAUUAGCAUAGAGGUACUUGUAGAGGUAGAAAUAGAGCUAGGGAUAUCGCAGGCAGCCUACGAACAUCAGAUACCAUUUCCUGACAACCUAAAGCCUGGUGUAAACGAAAAUAGAUCCACGGUAAAAGGUAAACUAUUCUUAAUGACUUUUCCCCAGAUUUCUCUCCAAAAAAAUUUUUGAAUUAAUUCCACUGUUUGGCUACUGGUAUUCUUCCUCCUUGCUUCAUAUUUACACCUUUUUCCUAACUUGUAUCUUUGAGCCCGCAACAUUACUGUAAACUGGGAAAAUCUCAUCGCAUGUCAGAUGCUAGAUAAGAACGAAUGCGCAGUGGUAGUGUUGCAGUUGGUUUUGUGGAUUUUUCACAGCUUUUUCUAUUUUUUUUUUUCACGCAAACUGACAAGAACUUAGCCUCACGCAGGCGUUCUUAGGGCUUCAUCACACGUUACUUUAGGGGCAAGGCAAGAACUUAACAAUAAAGAAAAGAGCUUGAAGCGCCCCUAGCCUUGACACUUGCGUCAGUUCUCACGUCCUUCGGAUAAGAAUAUGAGGGGAUAGUUGUGAUAAGUAUAUUUGUUGAGGUUAGGCAAGGUUGUAUUUAGAACUUGCUAAUGCAGGUAGCUGAUAAUUAAAAAGCUUUUGAAUGAAUGGUACGAAAUGUAUAUGUACAUGUGCACGUACUUGAGCCUGUAACUGAAUUUGAUAAAGCUGCGAGUUUCUUUAAUUCUUUUGUAGAUGGUACUGGCUGGUCAAAAACCUGAAGUGAUAAUGGAGAUUUGCUCGAGGGCUCUGGCAUUCUGGACAUACCAAGUAAGGAAAAUGAAUUAUUGAAAUACAGCUAAAUUAGUGAGGGUGAUUAGUAAGCAAGUUGCUUAGGGGGGUAUUGUUUUGUUUUGUUGUCUUUUGUUUGGUUUUAUUAUUUAUUGAUCUUAAUAAAAAUGUUAUUUUUACUAGUGUUGCCUUUGUAAUGACAUCUGCAAACGAUUAGACGUUCUAGUCUUCUCGGAUAAGGACGAAAAACCGUAGGUCCCGUCUCACAGCACUUUUACUGAUCUGUUCUUGUGGGACGUAAAAGAACCUUCACCACUGUUCGAAAAGAGUAGGGGACGUAGACCUCGGUGUUGUGGUCAACGUUCACUCAUCACAUCAUUCACAUCAUGGGUUGGGUGGGUACAGUAAGCUCACAAAUGGACUGAGAGCGGCUGCAGUGGCGCCUUUGUAUGCUAACGUCCAAGCUUAUUGUUCACAUGUUAAAAUGUAUUGUAAGAGGGCACGUCUGUUGUCCUCUCAUCCACGACUCUUCAUUCAUUCUUCAUUAUUAUCAUUUAUUAUGAUUUUUAUUCGAGUCACGAGGCUACAAUAGUUUCUUAAACAAUGUGGUAACCAGUACUAUUUAUCCUACUGAUCUUUCCUGCAGACACAUCAGGAAAGAAUGUAUCAAGAUUAUGUAGCUAACAAGGCUAAGGAGAAGACAACUCAGUUAGAACAGUACUACAGUCAAGUUCUCUCAAAAGUGCAAACAGAACUCAAUUGUAUCCUUAAAUUACAGGGCCGAGUUGUUCAAAGCUACUUGUAGGUUAAGAUAACCCAGGGUUAGUGCUAGGUUUGAAUUCAGAUAUGAAGCUUAAAAAGCAUUUCAGUUUUAAUUCUUUUUGUCUUCAAGUUGAUGAUUGGGAGCUCUUAAAUCAACAGAGAAAAUUAUCCGAGAAAAUGCUUUUGAACACAAGAAAAGGAAACUGGGGUUAAAUUUAACGCCGGGUUAAGCGCUAAUCGGCCCUCGAACAACUGGACCCAGUCUGUUUUGCCGUUUCAUGCCUAUUGUUUGUAAGCUAGAGGUUUUAGGUUGAUUGUUGCCUUUAGUAACCAAAUAGGACCAAAUCGGAGGGCCAGAAGAAAAGACGGCACCUAGAAUGCGCUAAGCUAAAUAAACUGGCCGUGAAAAAGAAUGACAGGGCAGAUAUCAAAGAGGCGGUUUUCGCAGGGUAUGCCGGUGAAAGGGGAAAGUGCAGUAUCAAGGACUAAAAUUAAAACUGUCCACAUGAUCAUUUGACAACUUUAUGGAAAAAAAAAAUCGCCGAAGAUUCCUUAGCUUAAAUCCGUCCAGCGUCAUUUUUCUCUUUUUGUUUGUUAUUUUAACAAGUAAAUAGACUCCCCGCCAAAAAGUUAGGGUCUGCUUGUAGCGGUUGUACAACUAAAAGAUUUCACAGCGAAGGGAAAGUUAAGUUAUGACUCAGUCCUUUAAGCUUCUUUUUUGCCUUUGCUUGCAAGCAAAGGUUAAGAAUUGAAAUAAUUGGGAAAGAUUGUUCGACAACAAACGAAAUGACACAGACAAUUUGAUUAUCCAACGGAAAUUUCUUUUUACCGAAUUGCACUUUUUCAGAAGACUUUCUUACAGCCUUAUACCGGUUUAUGUUGGUUACUUACAUCGCUCGCUUUUGCUCACGCCUUCAUGCACUCUCGUAGUCGACUUGUGGCAAGUCUACUCUUUAAGUUAUAUCUCUAUUUAUCUAACACAACGUAUUGUUCAAGAGAGCUCUUGAUAUUGUUCCAUCCUUGAAAAUCAGUGGUUCCUUAACUGCACUUAAUAAAUUCAACAGCAUUAAAAUCGCAAGCGUCAAGUAAGUAUUGAAAGCCAUUGGCGGCACCAUUACUGGCUUUGGGUGAAGCAGUAACGGUGCCCACGAAACACCGACUGUUUCAUGGGCCUAUUAGCAUUCUAAAAUUACAUUUCCAGCUCCUCUACAACUAGUUAUAAGGGGCCGACCGUUCGAUUUCUGAGGGGUUAUGGGUGAUUUCAGAAAAAAAUAUCUUGCAGAUUGAUUUCGACGGAAAAAAUAUCUUGCAAGGAAAUACAUGGGGAAAAAUAUCCUGCACUGAAAAAAAUAUCUCUCAUGGCGUAUACUUGAAAAAAAUCUUACACCAUUAUAUUUCCGGGAAAAAUUUCUCGCUCCAGGGGUUUGGGGAAAAGAUUCUUACCCAAACCAAAUCACCUAUCCCGCCCCCACCCCUCAAAAGUCGAAUGGUAGACCCCAAGUCUUACAGGCAUAUCCGGCGUUAUUUUUGUUUUUCAGACAUUUAAAGCAUAAUAUAUUAAAGUACUCUAGAUAACAUGUUGUAAUUAGAUAUGUACUCUGAUGGUACAAAGGGCUCUUUAAAGACUGCUUAUUGCGUGUCAGUUGAAUUAUUAUUAUUAUUAUUAUUAUUAUUAUUAUAAAUAACAUUUGCAGCCAUUAACUUGCAUGUUUUGGUUAUGAAAGCUGAGAAGAAGGAUUUGGACGACGCAAAAAAGCGAUGUAAUGAACUGUCAGAAAAGCUAAUGGAAAAGAAUAGACAGUAUCUCAAGCUGCAGGUGCGUCUAUAAAAUGUCCUAAAAUUUCAAUAAGCUUUUCAUGAUGGCUAAAAAUAUCCAUGAAUCUACCCCGUUCUAGCACAAGCGCCUUCUGCGUAUGGCAAUUUCAUGUUCUUUGGCAAAGUAGUCCUAAUCCGUUAAGGCAGAGUGGUCAAUAAAUGUAUUUACAGCGAGUAUGGCUUCUUUGUAUCCAAAACCAUUCCUUAGAGGACAACUAAGGCUUCCGUUUUAUGUUUCCUUUUUGGUGCUAUCGUGUUAUUUUAUCAUUUGUAAUCUAGACUCGUAAAGUAAGUAGAUAUGUUUGAUAUGGUGUUUGCAAUUUGUUAGUGAGUCCUUGAAUUUGUUGGGCUCCUAAAUUUGUGAAGAUACUUCCAAACAUUGUUUGAAUGCAUAACAGCAAAACCUCAAACAAAAAUUUGUUUCUUUUUACUACAAAUACAGGGGAUGUACGACUCUCUUAGGAGGUAAGUAACUGGUUAGAGACAAGGUCUUUCUAAAAGAAAUAGCACAAUUCUAAAUGAUGCAACAUUCAGUCUUCAGGUUAUUUUGAACGCUUAGUGUACCCGGUGUAGUGUCUGCACGCCAAACUGGGCCUCGAUGAUUACGGAUUACACUCAGAAAAACAACGCACAUUUAUUCACACACUUCCCACAGUGAAUUACAAGCAAGGGUACAGGACACCCAAUAUACGAUCACCACACACGGACAAGGUUAAAAGUGACAAACAGCUAGAAUUCUGUUACUUUCGUGGACUGAAAACAAUAGUUGUCAGGGACACCCAAUGACUGUUUUCUGUAAAAUACCUGUUCCGAGAAGAAAAAUAAUGCCUAGAAUUUUCUAUUACUCGUGAGGACAGCGGUGCGAUGGAGAGAGGAAUAAGAAAUGCCUCACUUUCGUAAUAGGUCAAAUUUCAUCUAAAAUUUUCGGAAAAAUAACACUCGAGCCCUUGUAAUUUCCAGAAGACUGAAGUUCCCCCAGGAUGACCGAACAGGUACAAAUUUUAUAGCGCACCUUAGAAUGCAUUUCUAGCGAUCUACAUGCAAAAUUACUUUGGAUAACCUAAAAAGUGUUUUCAAUCAGUAUUAAGGAGGAAAGCGUCGUUGUGUGCCCCUGAGUGGUUUAUUCAUUUGAUUUUUACGAGUUCAUACAACUUGACGAAUAGAACGUAUGGUGGGCUAAAAGUCUUCAAAACAAUCAGGGACUCGUGAUCCGGUGGAUGGCUUGGCGGUUAGAUAUUGUACUUUGGCAGAAGAUUUCCUCUACAUGUUGGCGGGAUUCUUCCAGACGAAGAACUUAGCGAAUUAAUAUAGAUAUUUGUGAUAACUUGAGUGUACUUUUUUCCCCUCAGAAAAAGCAUAACGCCUUCCGUGUUGGAGGGACGUGACGAACACUUCUUGGAGUCAAGAGGGACCGGAGGACAAAUGAAACACAUAUUUGAGAUACCUCUUGGAACUGGUGCAGGUAAAACUCUUUCAGAUUUGCAGAAUUUAAUUAAAGGAGGCAACGUCACCUAAUUUAAGCUUUAACUUGAAUAUCUAUAAAUACUGCAUAGUUUAAACUUGAAUCUGAUGAACACAUGUCUGGGAGGUGCUCACCUCAUUUACGAUAUCUCUUCACGCGCUCAAGGACUAAUGGGAUUUAACCGAAGUCACGUGGUUUCUCAAGGGGCAAACAAGUGAUAAUAUCUGCGAAACAAGAAAUGGCGUUCGAGUUUAAUAAUUCUAGGCAACAAAAAACGAACAACUUAUCUUAAAGAAAAUAAUUGUACAAUAUUGGUGGAAAGGACCAUUGUUACCUUUUUGGAUGCAGCUUUUUAGCGAUCUUAGGUGUCCUCACCAGCAAGCAAUAAUUAUGUGUUUUACUAGAAUCAAAUGUUCUUAAUACAAUAACCUCCAAGAACUAAAACUCGAGUUGCAUCUUCCGCAGAAUUAAUUCGACGUACAGCAAGUGCAGCUGAUAUCAGAUAUCCAGCAGAAAGUACGUAUACACUUCUUGUAUGUGUCUGAAAGCUAGUUUCCUGGAGGAGAGUUCUGUAGCAGUCGUUAAUUUAUUAAAAUGUUUAUUGUUCUCUGCUGGUAGCAUUUCCACAACCUCGUCCCCAGGGUCUUCUCGCUUUCCAAUAUGGCGGCGGCAGGAGAGAAGACCCUGGCACACAGCGAACUAAAACGAUCGCUGAUUGGUGCAUUCCACUACGCGUUCAUACGUGCGCUCUCAUUGGUUCAUUCCUUCCAAAACAAAGAUGGUUACCCUUUGAGGGCUCCGUAGAGGCUGAGAAGUGCUUUCUUCAGUGUUUCAGACCUAAAAGGUGGACAGAAUUCAGAUCUGAUUGUUCGGAAAACUGUGACUGUACCGUUGGAAGGCAAAGAUUCGAAUAUAGUGAUAUCUGAAAUGGUAAUCGCUGGGAAUAUUACAACGCGUAGAGGUAUUUCUGUUGCUCGUGCUAUUUGGUUUUUGUGUUCUAAAUUACUAAAGAUUUGCUUCUUUAAUUCCCGAUUUGUCAAAGAAUACUUGCAAGGCUUCAGCUUAUCAAUAAAUUUAGCUGUCCGUUUGCAAAGGUUUAGUGUUGUUCUGCUUUUUGUUUUCUUUGAACAAAAGCUGUAUGCAUAAUAUUAUUGAUGUAUGGGGUUAUACGGAAAUCUUGCAUAAUCUGCGCUUUGUCUCAGCAGUUUUUUUGUCUAGUGAAACAUUUUUUUUCAUUUGAUCGUAACAUGCAUGGGCCUAACCUGGCCUUCUUUUAAUUUUUUCCACUGUGAUUUUGAAGGGGGAUGAGCAGCGACAGAGGCAGGUGUCGAAACAAAACUAAAAAUUCUUGCCCUUUAUUCCAGAUUCCACGAGAAAAAUUUCCCAGAUUCCAGAUUCCCUUACAUGGGGUGACAGUGACCCUAAGAUAAAUACGUUUUCUGUCAAACUAAACCUGUCAAUUGAGCUUCUAAUUACUGUAGGCUAAGUGUGCAUGUUGUUCUUGUCACUAUAUGCUUGAAAAGGGGGUUUGUGGACCAGGUGAAAUAGUGGCUGGUACUGUACUAUUCCAAAACCAGCUGGGUAUGAUUAUGAAACAGCUAUAAAUCAGUUCUAAAACUUGGAUUUACAAACAUAAACUGCUUCAAAGGGUGCAUAUAUCACUAUCCACUCAAUAAACAAGAGCGGAAAGGACCUGCAGUGUCUUGAUCAUGGGAUUUUUCAUGUAGGGAUGCCAAGGCUUUUGAAGUGUUUUGCACCAGAGUCCCCACUAGCAUAGUGAGCUUUUAGUUGCCUAGUCACGACCAAUGAGUUUCGGGUCACGUGGUCCCAAGCAAAAUUUUGAAACAAUUUCCCUCCAGUUUGCCUAAGAUAAGUCACUGAAAUGAAUUGACCAAGAAGGCUUGAGAAAAUACCACACAGGGAAAAGGCAAGGCUUUUAGCUUGUUUAUGUCUUGGGCUGUGAGGUUGCAGCUGUUAGAUGUGCUGGCUUAAAUACUUCCAAAGUCUACUUUAAGGAGUUGGCUAGUCUUAGUCAUAGUGUCUAUAUCAUAAUUAUAUCAUCAGAAAUAAUCAGAUUAACACAACUAUUAAACUGAUAAUCGAUUAUAGUAGAUUAUAGUGUUGUGCCCCCUGUGCGCCAUUUUCAACACUGAAAAUAAUUUUGUAAGUGAACAAAACAAAAAACCUACCCUGCAAGCAGAGGCUUAUCUGUCACAUAGUUAAACCAACUUAACAUCAUAUAAACUACAUUAAGAGCCCAUCAAAAAGACAACACAGGUGUAUUAAUGUCCUUAUUUGUCAACAAGUAAUAUGUAAAAUAAACCAAAGUCAGGGAUUAAGAAAGUUUUUGCUCUAAAAAUCGAAUCUAUUUCAAAGUGGAGAAUACUUUUGGAUUGCUAUAUUACAAACAAUGGAAACACUCUUCACCUUUUGCUAGCUACUAAAGUGGGGUUAAUGCCUUUCAUUUUUUACAUCUGAGAGGCAAAAAAAAAACAAUAAUAACAACAUCUUAAAUCCUCUAUUAAGGCCCCCUCUCUCAAAUAAGCCCUCCUUUUCAUCGGAAAGUUUUAACAAUAAGCCCCCGUCUCUUUUAACCCCCAUCCCAAAUUCCCCCCUUUUCUUAUUCUUCAUAAAAGACUGUAUCAAUCAAUGACGACUGUAAAACUUUGUGUGGACCGAUCCAGGAUGGUUUAUUCACCAACUGGAAGUUCGGAUUUGUUUUUGAUCCUCACCUGCUUGACCUCCAACCUUCUUGUACUUGGGCUUUUCACUUGGCAUUUUUUUUGUGGGGGACUAAUACCAGCGUCUUUGCUCUAGAUUAAAUAAGGCCCCUAUCUCUAUUGCCCGGAAGCAUUGUGAACAGGGUUAGAAGGAUAUCAAAAGCGAAUAACAAAGUCUAAAAACUGUGAAGUAGAUCAAGAAUGACAAUAAUUUUAUUACCUGUACCAGAUCAAGUGACAAAAUAUCCAAACUGAACAAGGACCUGUUUAAUUUUCAACCAAAGUUCCCUCAAAUUAUAUUAACAAAAUAGUGUUCUAUGGCUCUUGUCUACUUCUACUUCUACUAUAUAACUUCGCAAAGCCUGUACAGCAUCACGCAAAGGAUCCGUAUAUCAAGGUUGACCACAACACCGGAGUCUACGACCCCUACUCUUUACGAACAGUGUGUGGGUUCUUUAACGUCCCACAGUAUUAAUAUAGGCAAGGAUUGUGAGACGGGGCCUACGGUUUUUCGUCCUUAUCCGAGAAGACUAGAAAGUCUAACCAUUUGCAGAUGUCAUUACAAAGGCAGCACUUUCUUCUCAGUUAUUGUUAAGACCCUGAGUGUUGGUCCGGCCGGGGCUUGAACCCGCGACCUCCCGCUCAACAGACCGGUGCUCUCCCCGGAGCUAACCAGGCGGCUCUGUUUUCAGAAAAAAAUUGUUUUUUUACAUAUCAGAGUUCCGUUAAAAUGUGUGCAAAUAGAAAAACAAUAGUCAAAAACCUCAUGAAGAUCUGUAACAAAACUGACGAUAACUUAUCAGCUCAACGUGUCUGCGACUCAAUUUAAUGCUUAGUUGAAUUUCGGAGCGGAAGAAGUUUUAGAGCGUCAUGACAAAAAAUUCCCUCGCUUCAGAGGUCUGUUCUCGAAAUUCCCUAAGAUCAAAUAAAUUGCGCUCACGGUUAAAAAAAGCUCCCCCUUUCACGAAAGAAGAAAACUGAACCUCUGGCACUCAGGGUAGGCAAAAAAAGAAAACAGUGAAGAAAGGUCGGUAUCGAGAAAUUAAGUUGUAGACAGUUGUUAAGUGCCGUGUACGCUAGAACGUUCAGGCUUAAAACUAAACCCAGGUCAUUGAACAGAAAAUAAGAUCGCUAUAUCAUUCUACCGUAUUCCUGUGGCUUGUAAGUGCAUUCAUUCAUAUUUUUAGCUUCUUUGAGUUUGCCUCUGCCGCCAUUUUGUUUGUUUUUCACCAGGUCUCAAGACCUCGUACCCAGAUCCUCUCACUCUUUAGCUUGGCCGCCAUUUUGAAUAAAUUUCCACUCUCGGUGGACAAAUCAGUCACGUGAUUUCUGCUGUGUGCCAGGGUCUUCUCUCCUGCCGCCGCCAUAUUGGAAACCGAGAAGACCCUGGGGACGAGGUUGGCAUUUCCACACCAAACGUUUCAUUUUCAAUACUUUCUAUUUUAAAGAACACUAUUGGUGUCUGUUAUUCAUGUAUGUGUAGUUUAUGUAUUGUGUCAAGUAAAACCAGCCAGAAAAAUGACGUAACCCUUCUCCACAUUCUCGACAAAUGUUUCUGAGCCUUAAUCCCUUUCCUCUUUUAACUUUAAACAAAAAAGAGUUAUUUGGUAUUAAAUCAUGAGCGAAAUGACUUUCCCUUGUUUAACGAAGGCAAAUUUUGGCGAUACCUUUAAUCAAAGUAUUUAGUUCUGGAAAGUGCUGAGAACGUAGUCAUCAUCCAACCGCAUGUUUGGAAGAUGUUCUUCGAUGUCCUACAGGUUGAUUGACAAGUAUUCUUUCUAAAAUGCUUCUCUCAACGGUUUUGUAUGUGCUGCUAUGGAGCUGACAUUGUCCAUUUCCCUAUAUAUUACAGUUUAGGUGAAUCAAAGAGUACAACAUAUGUUGUAUGUUAUGCUGGUCCCCAAACCUCUGGCCCAGAGAUGACAAAACCCUUUACUGAUCACCCGAUAUUAGUCUUCACACCUCCGUUAAGCUGUCACGUUAACGUUAGCCGUUCAAGUCGUUGCUUUUCUGCAUUCUUUUAUCUCGCAUGAAAGAAAAAAAAGUGAAAAAAACAAAAAAUUAUAAUCCACUUUUUAAACUUUAACUGGCAUAAUAUGGGGCAUCCUUAUUCCUUGCCUAUUAUGGGUUUCUAUUAUUGAUCGAAUAUUGUUGUUCGUUAGGAGAGUUUCACGUUUUUGACUCAUGUGUUGGGGAGUCAGUCCACCGUGCUGCAACUCCAAGCUUGAGACCAUCACACGACCAAGAAGAAGCCACUCGAAAGUUCACGCUGGAUUUUGCGGGAACCCCUGGUAUAAGCAAAAGACUGGGACAGAAGGAAAAUAGUAAAAAUUAGUUGGUGUUGGCGUUGUCGCUGUCUUUCAC